GACCUCCUAUUUCCUCUCUGCCGUCUGUCCUCAGCGCUGCGACAGUGCCAUGCUCCAGCUGCAACGUUAGCGCUCUUAGCCCCCCCCAUCCCCGUCUUCGGGAGAGACCUCCGUCGCCUUUUUUUUUUUUUUGUUUUCAAUCCGUCUGCAGCGGAAUCCCUCGUUUUUUUAUUUAAUUUGUUUAUUUGUUUUGAGGACAUGCCGAACAUUGUGCUUUUCAGCGGGAGCUCCCAUCAUGACCUGUCCCAGAAAGUGGCUGAUCGGCUCGGACUGGAGCUCGGGAAGGUGAUCACCAAGAAGUUCAGCAACCAGGAGACGUGCGUGGAAAUCGGGGAGAGCGUGCGCGGCGAGGACGUGUACAUCAUCCAAAGCGGCUGCGGCGAAAUCAACGACAACCUGAUGGAGCUGCUGAUCAUGAUCAACGCCUGCAAGAUCGCCUCGUCGUCCCGCGUCACCGCCGUCAUCCCCUGCUUCCCGUACGCCCGGCAGGACAAGAAGGACAAGAGUCGAGCGCCCAUAUCGGCCAAGCUGGUCGCCAACAUGCUGUCGGUGGCCGGCGCUGACCACAUCAUCACCAUGGACCUCCACGCCUCGCAGAUCCAGGGUUUCUUUGACAUCGCCGUGGACAACCUGUAUGCAGAGCCCGCCGUCCUGCAGUGGAUCAAAGAAAACAUUCCCGAGUGGAAGGAUUGCAUCAUCGUGUCUCCAGAUGCCGGUGGAGCAAAGCGCGUGACGUCCAUCGCCGACCGCCUCAACGUGGACUUCGCCCUCAUCCACAAAGAGAGGAAGAAGGCCAACGAAGUGGACCGCAUGGUUCUGGUCGGGGACGUGAAGGACCGCGUGGCCAUCCUGGUGGACGACAUGGCCGACACGUGCGGCACCAUCUGCCACGCCGCCGACAAGUUGAUCGACGCCGGCGCCACCAAGGUCUACGCCAUCCUCACGCACGGCAUCUUCUCCGGCCCGGCCAUCUCCCGCAUCAACAGCGCGCCGUUCGAGGCCGUGGUGGUGACCAGCACCAUCCCACAGGAGGAGAAGAUGAAGGCGUGCCCAAAGAUACAGGUCAUCGACAUCUCCAUGAUCCUGGCUGAGGCGAUCAGGCGGACCCACAACGGCGAGUCGGUUUCGUAUCUCUUCAGCCACGUGCCUCUGUGAGGAAGAGCCACCCCACCCUCCUCAUCCCCCUCCUCUCCUGCGUCUCUCCUCCACGAGGCCUCUCUCUCUGGCCAGCACUUUCUGGCCGAACGAAGUCGCUCGUGUGACUCCCAAACCGGUCACACAAACACACACACACACACACAUCGUCAGUGACAUUUCCACCCAGCAGAUAAAAACCAUGUUAUAUUUAUAACUUCUCUGUUAGUUCCGAGUUUCACUUCUACCAAGUGGUCCAUCAUGUUGCAUCUUAUUUUUUUCUUUCUUUUUUCUAAUUUCUUGUUCAAUCCAGUGUCAGUCAUUCAUUCCUCACUGGCAUGCGACGCAAACAUUUAAAAGCGUCUCCUUCUAACCUUUUUAACUCACUAACAGACUGACUUGAUUAGGGAUUCAUAUUCUGCCGUUAGUUAAUUGUUUCUUUUUUUUUUCUCAUCAUUUUUUAUGAGUCACAACAAAUGCAAGCUGCUGUCAUGACGUUGGCAUGACCUCACUCUGAUCUAAUCAUGCUGAUUGUACUAAAAUGCUCUCCUCACUAACACGAGGUGCGGCAGGCGCGCCGCCUGCUCUCUCAAAAAAGGUCAUGAGAAACGAUGGAGCCCAAAGCUUUGAUUUUUAUUUUAUUUUUAUCUUUGGUUUUGUUUGGUUUAAAUAGUAUUAAGAAUCCGGGAUUUAUUUGUUGUAAAUCGGCGCCGCUACCACAGCUGUAACGGGUCACUUCUGUUGAGUGAAGGCAGGAUUCACAGUGUGCCUGAAAGUGGCUUGAAAGGUGAUUUUUAAAAGAAAUGUGCUGAUUUUCUUUUAUUUCUUUUUUUUUAUGUACCACAGGAAAAGCUGUUUCUUUUAAUAAUAAAGCUCUGAAAAUUGCAAACUGA